AGUGUGGCACGCGAAACAUUUCAUGAGACAGGCGAGACGGAAGAUUCAUUUCAUCAGUUCACGUUCAGUUUAUCGCGGGAUUCGGCACGAGCGAACGUACUUCGCGCGCGGGCCGAAUCAUAACCUCAACCUCAACGCAAAUUUUAGUGAAAACUUUCACCCGUUGAAUGAAACCCUUUCGGUAGUGCCAAAAAUUACCACUUUCCCUCCUACCUAGUGUUGCUUCCUGAAAGUGAGUGUUUUUCCGACGUGACAGUGUUGUGUUUACAAGUUGUAGCGGAAUAGGAAUAGCAUUGUGGAACUUCAUGCUGUGCGGUUUGUUUAAAGUUUGUGAACGUUUUGUGCGGCCGUGAACUUGGAAAAAAAAGUUAUCUUAGGUAGCCAUUGAAGUGGCAAUUUCAGCGGGAAACUUUCCACUGGGGCCGGGCGGUUGACGGCUUCAAGCUGGCCUCUUCGGGCAGCCCGGCGCAGCCGGUGCAGUGGCGCAUGCGCAGAAAACCAGGUAAACUAUCUAUUCACGUAUUGGUUGCUAAUCUAUAAUGGACGAUGCGAAUAAGAGCUAAGGACAUUCAGGUAUCAGUACAAAUACUGCUGAAUUCACAUAAUAUCAUGUGUACAAACGCACAAUUCUAAGUAAUCCGUGUGUGUUCAUUUCCAUUAAAUCUUCAUCAUGUAGCUCAUCAAAUUCAACUGAUACUUAUUCUGUUUGCGGAGUAUCGUAAAUUGUUUUGUUUCCUGUGUCGUUUUCAAUUAGUUCAUUCAUUAUUUGCCCGCGUCGUGCUGCUAUCGCGCGUGUUGUUGAUACGUGGAGUCCGCUCGGGGCGCGGGCAGUGCGUUGUGCGUCUCGGAGUCACCAGCAUACGGCUUGGCGCUCUGUUUAUUGUGUUUAUUCGUGCAAUUGCGGCGUGUGGGCUGCACUGUGUUAUGUCUGUUUAUCUUUACUCCGGUCGCUUCUGUGUGUGAGUCUGAAGAAGGGGCUCCGAGUAUCAGCGGAGUGGCGGCGUGCGUGUGUGCGUGCGCGCGCGAGUGUGCGGCAGGCGCGGCGGCGGCGGGCGCGACUCGCGAGGCGCCAGUUCACUGCGAAGCGCCGCGGGGCUGCCACGCUCGUGCUUCUUACGUUCGUAACUCGUGAUCCAGUAACUUUGUAAAGUGGAAACUUUUCAACGCAAUUCCGGACGGAUUCCAUGUUCGAGCACAGUUUUGAGUGUCGAGUGGAAGCCGCGACGCGAGCGCGUGCACGUGGUAGUGGCACGCAUUAUCGCCAGUGUUAGACUCGAUCUAUUUUUGAAUAUUCUCUAAACGUUUCACCGUGAAGUUUUCGAAACAGGGACCGUGAUAGUCGGGUGAACGGCCGCAGUGUGCACCCGCUGCAUCACGUCCCAGGUUUCUAGUGCUUUUGUUGACGGAUAACAUUACAUUUGUGUUGUUAACCUCUGCCAUCGAAUCCAAGAGACGUUAUCUUGACAUUUGCGCGGCGCGGUGUCGCCAGUUUAAUCUUUCCCUGGGAGGGUGAUGGCUUCGUGUGAUUAGUGGUCUUGUAGUGGCGCGCGUAGUGUUGUUCCGUGAAUAGUGGCUACUAGUGUUGUGCAGUGAUGUGACGUGGUGGUCAGUGGUCGGAAUGUUCACGAAGCAGUCCCGCGCCCCCGAGCGGUGCCGCCGCGCUCAUUCGCACAGAGCCAGCAAGAAGAAGCCACUUCCGCACACGCCUUGGAAAUUAUUGAUGAAUUGCCCACUCGUUAAAAAAUGUUUUGGCCUCCAGCUCCGCAGCAUCGAGGAGCCGGCGGGGGCGGGCGCGGGGGGCGGGGGCGGGGGCAUGCCGGCGCCCUCGUGCUACGACGCCGAGUGUGCCCGCACCGAGGCCUGGCUGGACGAGAACCAGGAGUUCGUGCAUGACUAUUUUUUAAGGAAGGCGACGCGGCAGGUGGUGGACGCGUGGCUCGUGUCGCACGCCACGCCGCCCAGCGCCGAGCUCGCCUCGCCCUCGCGCGCCGGCUCCAGCUCCGGCGCCACCACGCCCGUCAGAAAGAUAUCAGCGCACGAGUUCGAGCGCGGCGGGCUGCUGAAACCGCUGGUGACGACCGUGGACGGCACGCCGACGUUCCUGGGGGACCCGCCGCAGCAGCACACGUUGCCAGCGCGCCCGCAGCGCCGCUCCCGGCACGAGCUGCGACAGCUCGACGAGAAGGAGCUUAUCUUUGAGCUGGUGAAAGACAUCUGCAACGAGCUUGAAGUCCGGGAACUCUGUCACAAGAUCCUGCAGAAUGUGUCCACACUGCUGGACGCGGACCGAGGCUCGCUGUUCCUCGUGCAGGGGGACAAGACCGCCGCCGACAACCAGAAUGGCAGAUGUCUCGUGUCAAAACUCUUCGACGUGUGCUCCAAGUCGACCCCUGAACAAAUGGAGAAGCUGGAGGAGAUCAGGAUCCCGUGGGGCAGCGGCAUCGUGGGCUACGUGGCCGAGAGCGGCGAGCCCGUCAACAUACCCGACGCGUAUAAGGACGAGCGGUUCAACCACGACAUCGACCAGCAGACGGGGUACAAGACGCGCUCGCUGCUCUGCAUGCCCAUCAAGGACAUCAACGGAGAGGUCAUCGGCGUGGCGCAGGUCAUCAACAAACAGAACGACGGUCCGUUCACUUCGUACGACGAGAAGGUGUUCUCCGCCUACCUGCAGUUCUGCGGCAUCGGGCUCCGGAACGCGCAGCUGUACGAGCGGUCCCAGCUGGAGGUCAAGCGGAACCAGGUGCUGCUGGACCUGGCGCGCAUGGUGUUCGAGGAGCAGAGCACGAUCGAGCACAUGGUGCUGCGGAUCCUGACACACACGCAGAGCCUCAUCCGGUGCCAGAGGGUGCAGGUGCUGCUAGUCCACGAGGCGUCCAAGGGCAGCUUCUCCCGCGUGUUUGACCUGGAGGCGGGCGACGCGGCGGACCCCGGCACGCCGCGGACGCAUCCCUAUGAGAGCCGCUUCCCCAUCAAUAUAGGGAUCACGGGCUAUGUGGCUACUACUGGGGAGACGGUGAACAUUCCGGAUGCAUAUUUGGACGCGCGGUUUGACCCCUCCGUAGACGACGGCACGGGGUUCAAACACAACACGAUACUCUGCAUGGCCAUCAAGAAUUCCGAAGGACGAAUCAUCGGCGUCAUACAGCUGGUGAACAAAUUCGACGGUCUUCUGUUCACGAAGAAUGACGAGAACUUUGUGGAGGCUUUCGCGAUAUUCUGCGGAAUGGGGAUCCACAAUACACACAUGUAUGAAAAGGCUAUCACGGCCAUGGCUAAGCAGAGCGUUACGCUUGAUGUCUUAAGUUACCACGCAUCAGCAUCAAUGGACGAUGCCCAAAGAUUACGGAACUUAUUUUUGCAGACCCUCCGGAUACCUUCGUCCGUUUUCUUCAGCCUUCACGAGCUAGUGUUCGAUGACAUAGACAUGACAGAUGACGACACGCUCAGGGCUUGCCUGCGAAUGUUCCUAGAUCUAGACUUUGUGGAGCGGUUCCAUAUAGACUACGGGGUGCUGUGUCGGUGGCUGCUCAGCGUGAAGAAGAACUACCGGAAUGUUACGUAUCACAACUGGCGGCACGCGUUCAACGUUGCACAGAUGAUGUUCGCUAUUUUAACGGAAACGCAAUGGUGGAAAAUAUUCGGUGAACUGGAAUGUUUGGCGCUAAUCAUUGGCUGUUUGUGCCACGAUCUUGAUCAUCGAGGGACCAAUAACUCUUUUCAGAUCAAGGCGUCAUCACCUCUAGCCCAGCUAUAUUCCACAUCGACCAUGGAACACCACCAUUUCGACCAGUGUCUCAUGAUCCUCAACUCGCCCGGAAACCAGAUACUGGCGCAUUUGUCCUCGGAUGACUACGAGAAGGUCGUCAAAGUACUCGAAGAUGCUAUUCUGUCUACAGACCUGGCUGUGUACUUUAGUAAACGCAACGCGUUCAUCGACCUGGUGAGCACGGAGCGGGUGGUGACCCCGACGUGGGGCGAGUGCGAGCAGCGGCGCGGGCUGCUGCGCGCCAUGUUGAUGACGGCGUGCGACCUGGCGGCCAUUACCAAGCCCUGGCCGGUGGAGCGGCGGGUGGCCGCUCUGGUGGCCGGCGAGUUCUUCCGGCAGGGAGAUUUGGAACGGCAGAAUUUGAACUUGACGCCUAUUGACAUCAUGAACAGAGAUAAGGAAGACGAGCUGCCGGCGAUGCAGGUCAAGUUUAUCGACACCAUCUGCUUGCCUAUUUAUGAGGCAUUCGCAGUCCUAUCACCAGCUCUACAACCGAUGCUAGAUCGGGUGAAAAUCAAUCGUGCUCACUGGAUCGACCUCUCCAGCAGUGAUAACAAACUAGACUACAACAUGGAAAAAGAACUUCCGGACAAAAAUGACAAAUCUAGCAUCAGUUCCCAAAAUGUGGACGACACAGAAAACACUUACGAGGGAGACAGCAGUGGCGCUGUCAGUUUAUCCUCGGAAACUAAUUCCAAAUACGACAAUUUAGAGAACCCAGUUGUUGGACUUCUAAGUAAUAACUCUUUGGCGCUGGCAAGGGAACCUAAUAAGUUCUGCCAGCUCAAUGAUAUGAAUUAAGUGGUGAAGUUGAAAACAGACACUUUGGUCCAGUUGUUAAUACUUGACCAAGUCCACUCUCUGAAAUAGAUUUCACAUACCUACCCGAAAACAACGGAUUGUUAACUGGUAGGCUCUGUCUGUACUAUAUUAUUACUUAUAAUGUCCUAAGUAGACAAUCUUAUACAUAAAGUAAGAAUAUUUAAAAAAUAACUUCAGAAGAGUGGAUAGUUUUCUGCGUAUCCUGGAGGUGAUUUGUCCUGAACCUCAAUGAUCGUAGGCCAAUAGAGAAUAUUAUACAAAUCGUCCGCUAGAUUAUAAGUCUCGUACAGUAAGGUACUCCUGACUUUGCAAACUCAUUCUAUAGCAGUUACUUCUCCUUGUUCCUACUUGAUAAAUACUGCUUGCAUUUUUUUCCUUUCCUAUUUUAUAAACUACU